GAUGACAUCGCGAGAAGGUGUGUUUCCGGAAGACGUGGCUGUUGCUGCAGUGGCAGCUGUCAUCCAAAUUGUUCCAGGAGGAGUACUUGAAUGCCACAAUAAUAUUUUUUCUGUUUCUGUUUAAUCUUCACCCGUUUAUUCGGCGUCAAGAUGAUUUCGUUAACGGACUCCCAAAAGAUUGGAAUGGGAUUAACAGGCUUCGGCGUGUUUUUCCUCUUCUUUGGGAUGAUCCUGUUCUUCGACAAAGCACUCCUGGCUAUUGGGAAUAUCCUGUUUGUUGCUGGACUUGCCUUCGUCAUUGGGCUGGAGAGGACCUUCCGUUUCUUCUUCCAGAAGCACAAGAUGAAAGCCACCAGUUUCUUCCUGGGAGGUGUGUUUGUGGUGCUGAUUGGCUGGCCCAUCAUUGGAGUUGUGCUGGAGGUCUACGGCUUUUUCCUCUUGUUUAGGGGUUUCUUCCCAGUUGUAGUGGGCUUUAUCAGAAGAAUACCUGUCCUUGGCUCCAUCCUAAACCUGCCCUUCAUCAGUGCACCUUCGUAAGGCUCUGAGGACAAUCAGCAGUCGUGUACGUGGAUCAAGCGGGCGAGAGCAACACCAUGGUAUAACAGUGACUCUUUGUACCCAGAGAAGGCUGUUUGAGUACAGCAGGUUUUAUAGAGCAACACAGUCUCCCAUUGGGCUGAUUUAAAGCCGCUAAGGUUAUACGUUCAGAUUCCUCCCCUCCUCCAGCAGGCAAAGACUGCUUUCUGUCUGUCUGCAAUUUCACUGGUCAGUGCUACCAAUCAAAGGUUCAUCGGAGCGUCGCACCACCAGUCUCUUACUAAAGGGUGGAGUCACUAAGGUCACUACAAUAAAUAUUUCAAAUGCUAUUGAUCCCUUCGCCAUUGAGUGCAUCUGGCAUGAAAAUGGAGGAUGGAAGACUCCCUCAGAGCACCAUCGACUCUGUCUACGUGACUUUCUUACUCUGUGGAACAAACAGACAAAACCACUGACCCUCCACAAGGAUGAGAAGUGGACCGACAGCCUGUCAUGUUGCCAUAUUUCUGUGCCUGUGCUUUAACUUUAUUUGGACAAAAGCUUAAGUCCAGCAUUUUGUCUCUUUGCAGUUAUUCUGUGACACUUUGUUCAUUUUUUGUGGCUAUUGUAAUAUUUUCCCUUUAUUACAUGUUAUUUCUGUUCACAGUUGGCUAAUGAGUACUUCAGUAUAAAUUAUUUUUUAAGUGAUCUGUGCUUUACUUAAUCUAUGGUGAGGUGCUAUGAGGUCAUACUAGUAUUUGUCACUAAUGUUAUUACUGCUGUUAAAGGGACAGUUCGCCCCCAAAUCAAAAAUACAUAUUUUUCCUCUUACCUGUAGUGCUGUUUAUCAGUCUAGUGUGUUUUGGUGUGAGUUGCCGAGUGUUGGAGAUAACUGGUGUAGAGAUGUCUGCCUUCUCUCUAAUAUAAUGAAACUAGAUGGCACUCGGCUUGUGGUGCUCAAAGAGCCAAAAAAUAAAUAAAUUCAAAAACGAUGUCUCUUUCCAGAAAUCAUGACCUGGUUACUCAGGAUAAUCUGCAGACCUUGUUGUGAGCAGUUUCAUGUAGGAACUAUUUUCUUUCUAACAACCUACACCUGCCAACGGCAUCACUGCAUAGAAGAAAGCGUGCAUCUACCGCUAGCACACCUAGCACUGCUGAGGUAGUUAACUUUACAGUUCACCUGAGGAGAACGCUAUUAAUGUUUACAUCUUGUGCUGUCACAAGCAUGAGCCUCCAGUCCAUGACUAGUAAUACGGUUGGCAGGUGUUCGGUAGCGAGGAAAUAGUUCCUACAUGAAACUGCUCACAACCAGGUCUGUGGAUUAUUAUGAGUAACCACAUCAUGAUUUCUGGAAAGAAACAUUGCUGUUGAGUUUUUCAAUUGUAUUUUUUUGGUGCUUUGAGCACCACAAGCUACAUUCUGGGUCCUCAACCCUAGGGGGUCCUCAGACUUACUGUAGGGGGGCUGCCAAAUUAUUGUUUAAGUUUUAAUUUAGUUUAUUUUUUAAUUAAAAUAUGCCUGAAAAUACACAUGAAUGUGGGUCAAAUAUAUUACCUAGGAUAAAUUAGCCUAUUAAUAAAAAACAUUUAAUUUACAGUACAGAGCAUUAAUGACAGGCUAACUGUAAACCAUGAAUCUUGUGCAAUCAUGUUAGCUAGCUAACGCUAAGUCACUGUGUGGCACCUGUCCAUACAGCGAUGUGAACUACUAAGCUAACGGUUCUUGUGAGCCACAGUGGAUUGUUUUGUAACUUUCUGAACAAAAGACUCAAACAGACAUACCUCCACCUCAGACACCAGCGAAAAACCCUUGUUGUUGAAGACCACUGAUCUGGAUAAAUAAAAAGGAAUACAGGAAGGAGGGAAAAUAUGAAGGCCUAGUUUGGAUUUUGGGGUGAACUGUCCCUUUAACAACUGGUCAAAUCAGAAAGUGACAACACCUAAUUCACAAUGACACAUGGACGGGGAAGUUUGUUCAGGUGGUGCUAGAAGCUUGGUAAUUUAUUGACCACUCAUAACGCCACCUCGAACAGUGUUGUAGUUGGUGAGCUAACACACUAGCCAGCCGGAAACAUGCUAGCGCUAGUCGGUCACAAAAGCUCUCCAAGCUAGCUGGUUUGCUGUUAGUAGCAAGCUAGGUAGCUUAGUUGUGAAAUACUCAAGGUUCAGUUUAUUCAAUACAUGUUUGUACCAUCCUGUCUCUCAACCUUUCUGGUGCAACAAGAAGUUUCCCACACAAGCACUUAAACAAAUCACCAAAAGAACAUUUUUCAAAAUGUAAUGCUAAUUGUAAUGGAUUGUUUGAGCAGCAUGGUUGAGUUCUCUGCAAGCUGAUUUUCAUAGCUUACUGAAAUGAACCGGUGUCUGCCUGUGAGGUAGAAAACUAGAUAUACUGUGGAAAAUGGUUGGCAAUAUAAAGUGUACACCUUUUGUUAUUAAAGGGUAUUAUUGCUUUAUUUCAAUGUGGGUCCUAUUAAAGCCAAAACUAUGAAAAAAAGAGCCAAAUUGUAAAAAACAAAAAAAUGUAUGGACUAAAACAUGUUAAAUACUGGUAUGGCCCUGAUUUCUCACUUAAAGAAUGUAUUAUUUACUCAGAAAUAUUACUUAAGUGGUUUAGAGCAGUCUGUCCAGUUUUUGUGUAAAAGUCUUUUUAAACCUGAGAACUUUCACUCUGAAGCAGCUUCACGUUCUUGUGGACUUACAGACCCUUUAUAUCUAAAUGAGCAUUAGUUUUAUAAGAUCAUACCACUUAGAGAAUCCCUCUGUGUCCUUAAACUCUGUUGAGCUUUAAUGUUCAAAGUCUCCUUUUUUUCCUUUGAGAGAGAGUUCUUCAGAAGUUCGUCAAUCGGCCACCACAACCCAGGAACUGAAAAAAUGAACUCUUCAGCUGUGGGUUUUUUCUGUUUAGGGUAUCCAGAAAAUUGAAGUGACCUGUGAAAUGACAAUGUUUUGCUGUAUGGCACUUUUGUAAAUAAACUAUGGAAGUUAGCUUUG